UGUUUGUUUAUAAUGAUUCAUUCCCCUUCAUCUUCUCAUUCCAUCCCCUGCCUCUGUCUCUGUCUGUGUGUGAAGAUGUUACUAGGGAACCCACGGCCGCAGAUUAAGAGAACGGCGAGUGUAUCGAGAAUCACGGUGGAUGUCAGGCAGGAAAAGGGUCAACAGCCGUACGAUGAUCAAAAUCCGGACACCAAAGAAAUUUCUCGUCUUGAGCAGGAUGUAGUGAAUUACACCUUUGCCUUCGCGUCACCGAGAGGCCGGAGAAGUCUCUCCCACAAUUCUUCUCUUCAUUUUCUACGUACUUGCUCCUUCUGUCAACGCCGUCUCUCACCCGCCCGUGACAUUUACAUGUACAUGGGAGAUACUGCUUUUUGCAGCAUGGAGUGCAGAGAGCAGAGUAUGGAACAAGAGAAGUGCACUACUGCCGGCGGCGGUGGCGGCCGAGCUAAAGAGAGAUGAGACUGUGGCGGCGCUUUAAAAGUAUUGUAUUUGUUGGAAUGUAAAAAAGAAAAUGUGGAAGUUUGUGCCAUCACAAAAACAAGGAACUUACUAUGAAUGAUUAUGAAUCUUGCGGCUCAAA